CUCCUUCCCCAUGCUGCGCAGCCUGCGCUCCGGGGGGAACCGUCGCAUCGGAAGGAGCUGUUACUUUUUACAGCCAGCAUGAGGCUCCCCGAGGGAAUAAGGAGAUGCCGCACUAAGCAGGCGGGGAAGAAUCUGCCUCUCAUCAGUUGCACGGGAGCCCGGCGGCAGGCGCGGUCCCCCCGGCUGGAGGUGAUGGACACCCGCUAACUCGUGGGCGUGCAUGCGAGAGUGCCUGCACGUGUGGCAGACAUGAAGAAAAUAAAGUAAAAAUGGGAAAAAGUGGCUGAGAUGGACGAGAGCCAGUGAAAUAAAACAAACACCUUUUAAAGGGAUUUAAUUUACAAAAGCGAUUGAAAAGGGUACUACUUCCAAGGGAAAAUGUGACCUGUUCAAACUGUUGAAUGAAGAUGCCGGCUGUCAACGCAUGCACCUAAACCAAAGACAAAGUAUUAGAAUGGCAUAAAAUAUGGCCCAGUUCUACUACAAAAGAAGUGUCAAUGCUCCCUACAGAGAUCGUAUCCCUCUUCGUAUUGUACGGGCAGAAUCUGAACUGUCUCACUCAGAGAAAGCCUAUCUGAACGCCGUGGAGAAAGGAGAUUAUGCCAGUGUAAAGAAAGCUUUGGAGGAAGCAGAAAUUUAUUUCAAGAUCAAUAUUAAUUGCAUUGAUCCCCUGGGAAGAACUGCACUCCUUAUUGCAAUUGAAAAUGAGAACCUUGAGCUCAUUGAGCUGCUCUUAAGUUUUAAUGUAUAUGUGGGAGAUGCUCUGUUGCAUGCCAUACGAAAGGAGGUAGUUGGUGCCGUGGAGCUGCUGUUAAACCACAAGAAGCCCAGUGGGGAGAAACAGGUGCCACCAGUGCUUCUGGACAAGCAGUUUUCGGAAUUUACGCCGGAUAUCACACCAAUUAUUCUGGCUGCCCACACCAACAAUUACGAAAUCAUAAAGCUCCUUGUGCAGAAAGGGGUCUCCGUGCCCAGGCCGCACGAGGUCCGCUGUAACUGCGUCGAAUGUGUCUCAAGUUCAGACGUGGAUAGCCUCCGCCACUCUCGAUCCAGACUCAAUAUCUACAAGGCUCUGGCGAGCCCAUCGUUGAUUGCUUUGUCCAGUGAGGAUCCUUUCCUUACUGCUUUUCAACUGAGCUGGGAGCUGCAGGAACUGAGUAAAGUCGAAAAUGAAUUUAAGUCGGAGUAUGAGGAACUGUCACGGCAAUGCAAGCAAUUUGCAAAAGAUCUCCUGGAUCAGACACGGAGUUCCAGGGAAUUGGAAAUUAUUCUUAAUUACAGAGAUGAUAAUAGCUUGAUAGAAGAACAAAGUGGUAAUGAUCUUGCAAGAUUGAAACUGGCAAUUAAGUACCGUCAAAAAGAGUUUGUUGCUCAGCCCAACUGCCAGCAGCUGCUUGCGUCCCGCUGGUACGACGAGUUCCCCGGAUGGAGGAGGCGACACUGGGCUGUGAAGAUGUUGACAUGUGUUGUUAUAGGACUCCUUUUCCCGGUCUUCUCUGUGUGCUACCUGAUAGCUCCCAAAAGCCCAUUAGGGCUGUUCAUCAGAAAGCCAUUUAUCAAAUUUAUCUGCCAUACUGCAUCCUACUUGACUUUUCUGUUCCUGCUGCUGCUUGCCUCUCAGCACAUUGACAGGUCAGACUUGAGCAUGCAGGGACCGCCACCAACCAUCGUCGAGUGGAUGAUAUUACCGUGGGUCCUGGGUUUUAUCUGGGGUGAAAUUAAACAGAUGUGGGAUGGUGGACUACAGGACUACAUUCAUGACUGGUGGAACCUCAUGGAUUUUGUAAUGAACUCCUUGUACUUAGCAACAAUCUCUUUGAAAAUUGUUGCAUUUUCAAAGUAUAGUGGGUUAGUUCCACGGGAGAGCUGGGACAUGUGGCAUCCAACCCUGGUGGCUGAGGCCCUGUUUGCAAUCGCAAACAUCUUUAGCUCCCUACGCUUGAUCUCAUUAUUCACUGCAAAUUCUCACCUGGGACCUCUGCAGAUAUCUCUAGGAAGAAUGUUGCUGGACAUUUUGAAGUUUCUCUUCAUAUACUGCCUUGUGCUGCUAGCUUUUGCAAAUGGAUUGAACCAGCUGUACUUCUACUAUGAGACAAAUGAACCCGGCAACUGCAAAGGAAUACGAUGUGAAAAGCAGAAUAAUGCAUUUUCAACACUAUUUGAAACGCUGCAGUCAUUAUUCUGGUCUAUAUUUGGACUCAUCAAUCUCUAUGUGACCAAUGUGAAAGCAAGGCAUGAAUUUACUGAAUUUGUUGGGGCCACCAUGUUUGGUACCUAUAAUGUAAUCUCUCUGGUUGUUCUACUCAACAUGCUAAUAGCCAUGAUGAAUAAUUCUUACCAACUUAUUGCUGAUCAUGCAGACAUUGAGUGGAAGUUUGCUCGAACAAAACUCUGGAUGAGUUACUUUGAAGAAGGAGGAACUCUGCCUACUCCUUUUAAUGUCAUACCAAGCCCAAAGUCUCUGUGGUAUCUGAUCAGAUGGUUAUGGAGACACCUUUGCAAGAAAAAAAUUAGAAGAAAGCCUGAAAGUUUUGGAACAAUAGGGAGACGUGCAGCUGACAAUUUGAGAAGACAUCAUCAAUACCAGGAAGUUAUGAGAAAUCUGGUUAAGAGAUACGUUGCAGCAAUGAUAAGAGAUGCCAAAACUGAGGAAGGACUGACAGAAGAAAAUUUUAAGGAGUUAAAACAAGAUAUUUCCAGCUUUCGUUUUGAAGUCCUGGGUUUGUUAAAAGGAAGUAAGCUGUCUAAUUUGCAGACUGCAAAGAUGAACAAAGACACUGCCUCUCUGUCAGAAAAUGAAGAAAAUAGUGAGAGUGAAGGAAACAAGAAAGGAAAGAAAAAGACCUUCAGCCUUUUUGACAUAACAACGAUGAUUCACCCAAGAUCAGCCACUAUUGCCUCUGAAGCACAUAAUGUAAGCAACGGCUCAGCAAUGAUGGUACCAGAGUCCACUAAGGAGAAACAAAAGCGGGUGAAUUUUGUAACAGACAUAAAAAAUUUUGGGUUAUUUCACAGACGAUCAAAGACAAACUCUGUGGAGCAGAGUACAAAUAAAAUAUACACCGUUUCUGAAGAAGUUUCCCGUCAACAGGCAGAAGAACAAUGUGAGAAAACUGCUGAACUGGAAGAGGGAGAACUGACCAUGAACUGUGAAUUAAACAUCCAAAGUCCUGAUGAAAAAUGUGUGUUAGCUGAGUCACAAAAUAGCAGUGAUUCUUCGGAUUCACAGGAAGAGGGAAGUAUUUGUGCUUCAGAAAUGGAGAAAAUGGAGUUACAGAACUCAGAACCAGCCACACCGCAGGAUCAGCUGGACAAGGAGUUGGACAUUAGCAUUGACUGUGGUGGGAAACAGGAAACAAUUGAUCAGGGUGAUUAUGUGAUAACAAGGUUGUGAUGCUUACAGGAGGAAGCAUUUACAAAUAUAUAUAUUUUGCAUAGUGCUUUUGGGGAGGGGGAAUGUUUUAAGAAUUAUAUUAGCAAAUGCAGAAUUACACUUUAUAGUACUCAACUGUGGCACAUGAUCUUGUAACAUAGUAGUCAAGAGAAAGAUAAUACGGGGACCUUCUGUUUUGUAGCCUGCUUUAGCUUUCACGAUUUGUUUUACAUUUUUUAAUAAAUGGAAGCAUCUUGUAUUCUUGUACUGUUGCAAUAACCCACAGAAACUUUUUAGCUAUCUUUUUCAAUUACAACAAAUGCAAUUUCUCUCAUAUGAUAGUUGACUCCUAUGAUAAAUAUUUUUCUAUGCAAAUAAAAAAUAGCUUAAGAGACUUGUAAGCCUUUAUUUAACUUUGUAGGUUCUUAAAAGAUUCUGGGCACCAUAAUAAUCAUAAGUGGCUCCUGUCAGCAUAAUUCAUGUCAAGCUAUUAGAAUAAUUUAUUUAAAUUGCUAGAAACUUGAUUUGUUUCAAAAGCUAUACAGAAUCAAAAGAUAAAGUAUAUUCUUUUAUUUAUUGAAGGAAUAUGAAUACCUGUAAAUUAUGAAAGAUCAGUCUACUUGAUUAUUUAAUUACAGCUUCUCCCUCCCAGCAAGAGGA